AUGUUCCAGGAUCGUGCAUACCAAGGCUCUGAAUUCUUGGAGCUUCAGUGGCCUGACGGGUGGCCGAUCCAGCCAUUGUACCUCAAUGGGGGACCUUGGCUCUCACACUUUGGACACAGCAUUACUGAGUUCGCUCGCAUUUGCUGGUGUAUAACUGGCCACACGCCCAUUGGAGCGUACUACCAUCACUUCAAGAUCAAUGAGCCUCAUGGCUGCACUUGCAGGGCUGCACUGCAGUCCCACCAGCACGUCCUCUUUCGCUGCUGCGAUCAGUAUUCUGUACAUUAUCCCUGUUUUCUCAGGGAUAUUGCAUCAUUUCUGAAGCACAACCCUAUGGUGUUUGGCUUCAACUGGGACCCUUCAGGUGUUGGAUGA